UUAAAUAUCUAUCGAAAGAUCACAGCGCUUCCUCGCCGAGCAAUAGUCCACUUUCCUUCGGGAGAUCUCGUCGGUGAUGGCCCUCUUCUCCUCUCUGCAGCGGCUCCUCCGGAAGCCCUCGUCCUCCUCUCAGAUCCUUCAGCGGAUGAAGCUUCUAGCUGCGGGUGAUCCAUCGAGAUCCUUCACCACCUGCGAGGGAUCUCGCCCCGCCAUCGUUCAUAAGCGGAGCCUCGACAUCCUUCACGAUCCCUGGUUCAACAAGGGCACAGCUUUCUCGAUGACUGAGAGGGAUCGCCUGGAUCUUCGCGGGCUUCUUCCUCCAAAUCAUAUGACACCGCAGCAGCAAAUUGAGCGCUUCAUGGUUGAUUUAAAAAGAUUCCAAGUAAAUGCCAGGGAUGGACCAUCAGACACCAAUGCUUUGGCCAAAUGGCGAAUUCUUAAUAGAUUGCAUGACCGAAAUGAAACUAUGUACUACAAAGUUUUAGUUGAAAAUAUCGAAGAGUAUGCACCAAUAGUUUAUACACCCACGGUGGGUCUUGUGUGUCAGAACUAUAGUGGUCUUUUUAGAAGACCCCGUGGUAUGUACUUCAGUGCAGCUGAUCGUGGAGAGAUGAUGUCUAUGGUUUAUAACUGGCCAGCUGAUCAGGUUGAUAUGAUCGUGGUAACUGAUGGCAGUAGAAUUUUAGGCCUUGGCGAUCUUGGAGUUCAGGGUAUUGGCAUUGCAAUUGGGAAGUUGGAUUUGUAUGUUGCAGCUGCUGGAAUAAAUCCUCAGCGGGUUCUUCCUGUGAUGAUUGAUGUUGGAACUAAUAAUGAGAAGCUCCUUCGUGACCCACUUUAUUUAGGACUUCAAGAGCAUCGUCUUGAUGGUGAGGAUUACAUUUCAGUCAUUGAUGAAUUUAUGGAAGCUGUCUUCACCCGGUGGCCACAUGUAAUUGUGCAGUUUGAAGACUUCCAAAGCAAGUGGGCAUUCAAAUUAUUGCAGCGUUAUAGGAACAAUUAUAGAAUGUUCAAUGAUGAUGUUCAGGGAACUGCUGGGGUUGCAAUAGCUGGUCUCUUAGGAGCUGUCAGAGCUCAAGGAAGGCCAAUGAUAGACUUCCCCAAGCAAAAGAUUGUUGUUGCUGGUGCUGGAAGCGCUGGAAUUGGAGUUCUCAAUGCUGCUAGGAAAACUAUGGCAAGGCUGUUGGGAAAUACUGAAAGUGCUUUUGAAAGUGCUAGGAGUCAAUUUUGGGUUGUUGAUGCCAUGGGUCUAGUAACAGAAAGCCGUGCAAAUAUUGAUCCUGAAGCUUUACCAUUUGCUAGAAAACUAAAAGAACUAGAGCGUCAAGGUCUUCAUGAAGGCUCCAACUUGGCUGAAGUGGUUAAGAAAGUGAAGCCUGAUGUUCUACUUGGAUUAUCUGCUGUUGGCGGUCUUUUCUCCAAAGAGGUUUUAGAAUCCUUCAAGGAGUCAUCCUCCACUAGACCUGCAAUCUUUGCUAUGUCCAAUCCAACAAAAAAUGCUGAAUGCACUCCGGAAGAAGCCUUUUCAAUAGUCGGUGAUCAUAUUGUUUUUGCUAGUGGAAGCCCGUUCCCUGACGUCAAUCUUGGAAAUGGGAUUGGUCACUGUAACCAAGGAAACAAUAUGUAUCUUUUUCCUGGGAUUGGCCUUGGCACUCUUUUGUCUGGAGCGAGGGUUAUUUCAGAUGGCAUGCUUCAGGCUGCAGCUGAACGUUUGGCUGGAUACAUGAAAGACGAUGAAGUUCUGAACGGAAUAAUAUAUCCUUCCAUAUCCAGCAUAAGGGACAUAACCAAGGAAGUAGCAGCUGCUGUAGUCAGGGAAGCUGUAGCAGAAGAUCUAGCUGAAGGGUACCGUGAAAUGGACCCUCGGGAACUUCAAAAGCUCACACCGGAAGAAACCGUGGCAUACGUAAAGAAGAACAUGUGGGAUCCUGCCUAUCCGACCGUGGUUUACAGAAAAGAAUGAUCCUCGUUGUUUGCACAGAAACUUCUGGUGAUGAAGGUGAAAAAUUAAGAAUCAGAAAAGAUUCCAUAAGAUGUUCUGUAACUGAGCAACUAAUGAGUCUGGAGCUGUGCGAUCAUCAACGGUUUCUAUUCAUAACGAAACAUAAUUAUUUGAAGAAAAUUUAUUUGAAUUUCUCUCACGUAUACGAGAAUUAAUUUGAGUGCCUAA